GAUUGGUUCUAAAGAUGUUGUCCUCGUUUCAAUCCAAAAUUGCGUUAGUAAACUUUUUGCGCCAAAUAAUUUUGACAUAUUUUGCGAGCGAAAACUACUGUACCGUUAUCUACUACGAUCAGUAUCAGCUCGAUUCCCAGAAAGAAUGUGAUCAGCACUGUGAAUUUAUGUUGGCAAUUGAGGUCGCAUUGGUACAGAUGAAUGUUGAACAUGCCGUUAUGUGGAUCACUUCUUCGGAGAGCUCUGAUGAUAUUCUAGAAAGUGCCAUUGAAAACGGAUGUCAAUCCUACAUAGUGGCGACCAAUGAUGUAAUCAAGUUUUUGGAAAUGAAGUUGAUGAUAAAAGAAACUACAGUUCAACGGAUUCGCGAUAAAAAUUUUCUGUUUUUCGUCGAUGAUGUCUAUCUUAAUGGUGAUGAAUGGAUUAUUAGAGAAGCAAUGAAAUUUUAUCCUAAUUUGUGGUUUGCAAUGCCAUCCGGAAAUGACAAGCUGGAGUUCUACUCGCAAGACUAUUCAAUCACGAAUACGACAAAACUGCAAUUGGUUCAAAGUUACAACAUCACUGCCGGUGAUGAGGUUGUGAACGGUACGCUAUUCUACGAUAAGUUGUUUGAUUUGGGAGGCAGAACGAUUCCGAUGGCAGUGGCAGAAUAUGUACCCUAUUGCAUAACGACCGAUGUUGGCGCCCACAAUGGCAAUGCUGAUGCAUUCAACUCAACUGAGUCGAAGGAAUUAUUCCUGGAAGGAUUGGAGGGCAGUUUGAUUGUGGAAUUUUGCCGGAAUCGUAACUGUAACAUUCUGCUGUGGCCGUAUGGACCCAGUGAUUGGGGAGAUAUUUUCGAGAAUGGAUCUGGUUAUGGUGAAAUUUAUUCCACGUACACCAAACAAACCGAAUUUUCGUUUUGCUGCUUGUACUACAAUUGGUACCUUCACCUUCUCGAUGGCAGCCAAUAUGUGGCUAAAUCAACCAUAACUGCAUUGGUACCAGGUGCGACGCUUCUUCCAACAUCCCUAACUGUUAUAUAUCCAUUCUCGAAAACUGUUUGGCUUUCCAUUUUCAUAAUGAUGGUGUUGAUGACUGGAGUUCAUCAUUUCAUUACCACCCUCAAUUUAAGACAUCUGGAUAGCGAUGCUGCCCAACCGCCGGUAGAAAAGUCGCUAUUCGAUAUGAUUUCCAUUUACUUAGACCAAGGAAUUUUCCCUAACACUGCUCAUUCAUCGUAUCGCGUCUUGAUCUGCUUUAUCCUUUUAUCGGGAGUUGUCCUCAGCAAUUCUUAUGCCAGCGGUUUAGCCAGCGUGCUGACGAUUCCCAGAUAUGGUAAAUCUAUAGAGACAAUUCAUGAAUAUAGUCAAACGCCCUAUCGAUGGGGAGCUCCCGCCAUUGCUUGGGUUUUGUCACUUCUGGGAGUUGAAAGCCAUGACAUCAAAAGCGUCGUUGAUAAGUUCGACAUCAUCCCGGACGAAGAGCAACUUCAUCGGCGAUCCUUGGCAGGGGACUACGGACUCGGGGUGGAACUACUCAACGGCGGAAGUUAUGCUUUCGGAUCCUUCAUCCGGGAGGACAACGUUCGAUCGUUCGAUAUUUUGAAGGAAGAGUUCUACUUCACCUAUACAAUCGGAUACGCCCAACGAGGAUGGCCCCUCAUGGAAUAUUUCAAUAAGUUUAAUCUGGAAACGAUUCAGUUUGGGUUUGUCAUUCAUUGGGAGAGGCGAACGGUUCGGAAGUACUUGAGCCACCGGGUGCAGGAAGCUCUGGUGGAGAUUGCUGCUGGACACAAUGAGGACGACGAAUUUGGUCCACUGUCCACACAGCACAUCGUAGGGCCGAUGAUUAUUCUGGGAAUAGGGCUUUCGGCUGCGUUGGUUGUGUUUGUUUGUGAGCUUAUUUUUGCUUCUCUAUGUCGUCGUUAUAGAAAGCGGACUGUGAAGAAGUUUAAAACCUCAAGAUUACAUGUUCAAGAUUGAAAACAAAAAAGUUAUUUAAAUACUUGAUUUGGCAAGCUAGAUUUAUUAGUUAAAAUUUGCAGCAAACAAAAAAGAAAUGCAACACUAGAUCUUUAUGAGUCAAAUCAUCUUCUGCUUCGUAAAUAUAUCGACAAACCACAAAAUCUUGGUACGUAUCAUGUAGA